GUCACGGAAGCAGACGGUGUCGUGACCGGAGCUUUGUGCUCGCGCAAGCGAUCGCAGAAGUCGCGCUCGCUUUGCAGAAGGGGAAAAAAUUCUGCUUUUUCAUUCAUCGAUGUCUUAUCAAGAGCGUGCUUAUCGAUGCAUCGCGAAGAUCAUGGGCGGUAGUUGGGAUAGAUGAUCAUGAUGCUGGCAACGUUGAAGAAGUGUGAUUGAGUUGUUGUGUUUCUGCUAACUACGUGGUCGUCUGCAAAGCUGAGCAGCAGGUGGGAUUUUGAACGGCUGUCUCUCCGCAAACAGAGGCAAUUUUGUGGUGAAAGCGUCGCGUUUGAGCUGUUUCGGAUAUACUGCGUGUGGUGCAGGUGCAGUGUAGUUCCAGCUGUCUGCGUACUCCUGACACUACUUCUACUGGUUGCAGAGGGCAGCACUUUCGCGGCCAGUAUCAUCACCAUCAUGCGAGACAGGGUCAUCUAGCCCGACAUUCUCCCGCCACCAUCACCAGCUCGGAGCCAUCCACACCGAAUAAACGGAUUCAUCACCCUUCACACCGGCCGCAGGUGAACGCCGCUCACCACCAUGGCGCACUCUACUCUCUCCGCGCGCACUCUUUUCUCCCUCUCCGCAUUCUUCCUCCUCCUCCUCUCCCUCCCUCACCAAUCGCGAGCCUCCAAUGCGUCGAAAGACGAAAACGAAUCCUGCAAGGAUGGCCUCAUCCUGCCAAUAUGGCUCCCGCAGGACAACAUCAGCACGGGCGACAUCGUCGCUCGAGGCCUCGUCUACUUCAUCUGUCUCGCGUACAUGUUCAUCGGAAUAUCCAUCAUCGCCGACCGUUUCAUGGCAGCCAUCGAAGUGAUCACUUCCAAGGAGAAAGAGGUGAUCAUCAAAAAGCCGAACGGCGAGACGCAGACCAUAAACGUGCGCGUGUGGAACGAGACCGUCUCCAACCUGACCCUCAUGGCCCUGGGGUCUUCCGCGCCCGAGAUUCUCCUCUCCGUCAUUGAAGUGUACGCUCAGAAAUUCGAAGCCGGCGACUUGGGUCCCGGCACCAUCGUGGGAAGUGCAGCUUUCAAUAUGUUCGUCAUCAUCGCUAUCUGCGUGUACUCGAUACCCAGUCCCGAGGUGAGGAGGAUAAAGCAUCUCCGCGUGUUCUUCGUCACCAUGACCUGGAGCGUCUUCGCCUACAUCUGGCUGUACAUCAUCCUGACGUACUCGUCCUACGGGAGGAUCGAGGUCUGGGAGGGCAUAGUCACCUUCCUCUUCUUCCCGGCCACGGUUCUGACGGCGUACAUCGCGGAUAGGAGGUUGCUCAUCUACAAGUAUCUGUCCAAGAAGUACAGGGUGAACAGGAGAGGAGUCAUCGUCGGCGGCGAAGGGGAGGACGUGGAGAUGGCGCCGAAGGGAUCCAUGGUGGACGGAAUGCUGGGUGGGAUUCAGUUGAAAGGCUUUGAGGAAGAGCAGAGUCCGGAGGCGAAAGCGUUUGAAGAACACAGGAGAGAAUACAUUCAGAUCUUGAGGGAGUUACGGCAUAAGCAUCCGGACAGCUCUUUGGAGGAACUGGAAGCCAUGGCUCGAGAAGAGAUCACCAGCCGCUGUCCCAAGAGCCGAGCCUACUACCGCAUCCAAGCCACUCGGAGACUCAUGGGAGCCGGAAACCUGAUGCGGAAACGCGUUUCCGACGUCAAAGACGACAUCAAGGACGACUCCAAAGAAGGCGCCGACAAGCCUCACGACGACGCCAUCCGGCUCUUCUUCGAUCCGGGCCACUACACCGUCUUCGAGAACGUCGGAGAAUUCGCGGUGACCAUCGUCCGGGACGGCGACGUCAACGCUACCGUCUGCGUCGACUACGCGACCGAAGACGGAACCGCUAACGCCGAAAGCGACUACAUCCCCGUCGAGGGGACGCUAGUCUUCCGGCCGGGCGAGACCCAGAAGCAGGUCUUCAUCAAGGUCAUCGACGACGACGUGUUCGAAGAGGACGAGCACUUCUACGUGCGGUUGUCGAACCCGCGCCAUCUGAACGCCGCCAUGAACGGAUCGCCCGGGUCGCCGCCGGGUUCCACGGACGGGAAGCCCGCGGUGAAGUUGGAUACGCCGUCGGUGUGCACGGUGAUGAUUCUGGACGACGACCACAGUGGCGUGUUCUCGCUCGCCGAGACUCAGGUGGAGAUAAGCGAAGCCGUGGGCGAGUACCGCAUCCGAGUGAAUCGCUUCAGCGGUGCGCGCGGCCGAGUUUUUCUUCCCUACAAGGCGGUCGAAGGCACGGCCAAGAUUGGAAAAGACUUUGAGGAAUGCGAAGGCACGGUCAUGUUCGAGAACAACGAGACGAGCAAAGACUUCUCUCUCUAUAUCAUCGACAAUGAGAGUUACGAAAAGGAUGCCGUACUCAGCGUUGAACUUGGCGAACCUGAACUGGAAGAAGACGACCCAUACUACAUUCAAGGAAAGUUGGCCAUUGAACAGUCAGACCUUCUUCGGGAGCAAGGUGGCUUACAAGGCAUACCGAAAUCUCAGAUGACCGAAGCGCAGAAGAUCGCCCUGCUCGGCAGGCCAAGGCUAGGUGACAACACCAAGUGCACCAUCAGGAUUAAGGAGAGCAAAGAGUUCAAGAAUACUGUAGACAAGCUGUUCCAGAAAGCCAACGCCUCCCUUCUCAUCGGAACCUCCUCUUGGAAGGAACAGUUUGUGGAAGCCAUUACAGUCGUGGCAGAGGACAAUGACAAACACUACGGUGACAAGUUGGAAGUAACGGAACCGGAAAUGAAGAAACUUAGAGACGAAGGUGAGGACGAUGAAGGGGAAGAUGUGGAAGUGAAGAUGCCUUCCUGCUCCGACUACGUCAUGCAUUUCUUCACCGUCUUCUGGAAGGUGCUCUUCGCAUUCGUCCCGCCAACUGAUUACUGGGGCGGAUGGGCGUGCUUCGUGACGAGCAUCCUUCUGAUCGGAGUUCUAACGGCGUUCGUCGGAGACUUGGCCUCACACUUUGGCUGCACAAUCGGGUUACGAGACUCGGUCACUGCUAUCUCUCUGGUCGCCCUGGGCACCAGCAUACCAGACACGUUCGCCAGCAAAGUGGCUGCGAUGAACGACAAAUACGCCGAUUCCUCCAUCGGCAAUGUAACAGGCUCCAAUGCUGUCAACGUUUUUCUGGGCAUUGGAGUGGCAUGGUCCAUGGCUGCCAUCUACCACGCCUCCAAGGGCACCGUCUUCAGGGUGGAGCCGGGCAACCUCGCCUUCUCAGUCACAAUCUUCUGUGUAUGUGCUCUCAUCUGCUGUGCUGUUCUCUUACUACGCCGAAACAAACUAGUAGGCGGCGAGCUAGGAGGACCCAUGAGGUACAAACUUCCCACGACCAUACUGUUUGCGGGACUAUGGCUGUUCUACGUUGCCAUGUGCUCCAUGGAGGCCUACGGCGUCAUCAAAGGUUUCUAAUACAAGGUGCACAUGGUACAGUCCUACACCGGGUUUCCUGCCGAGGUGGUCUUUCCGAAGAAGACCUGCAUUAUGUUGGUCCAGGCUAAAGGGAAGGUAAAGGAACACUGGACGUGUGGGUGUCCACGCAAGCUGAAUGAAGUGUGCAGCCGUUGGACACAUCCAGGAAGAGCCAUCCAUCGAAUACAAGACCACCUGAUCAUGAGAGUUCGUUGGUUAGCAAGUCUGCUUGCUUCGCAAGUUGAGGCGGUAUACCAUGCUAGGAGAGAGAACAAACCGAGUCCACGGAAUCAAGCUGGGUCCCAUUUUAAGGGUGCGGGGCAUUCUUCUGCCAGAAAGCACCCCGUGGUUGUGCCCUACAACGAUGAUGGAUCCUACUGAUUGUGUUAUCUUCCCACUUUCCUUCUUCAUUCUAUGACUCAUUUCCUCCGCUCAGCGGCCUCAUGUCUGUCUUCAACUCUUAUCAGUGAGUGAAAUGUGCAGCCGUCGAUAUGUCGCGUGAUUCCUGCAUGUACCUUUCCAAUGAUUCCUGUCCCUCCUUUUUCUGUCUCCUGGAGCUCCCUCCAUCCCUGACGAAUGCUUCCAUAUUCUCCGUUGGUCCCCAGUUUUAUUCCUGAAGACUAAUACUGACUUUUUUCAUUCCCGUACGUGAUGUUCAUAUUGUUGACUGCUUGUACACGCAGGCGAUAAUAUGUGGUGCAGCUAUACGAGACAGGUUUGUAUAUAACUACCCUUAAUGUUACAGAUGUAACAAUGUACACGUGUUACGCACGCAUGUUAUGAGACAAAGUGUGAGUUGUUGAAAAGGUUCGUCAUUGUGGCGGGGGAAGGGAAGUGUACGAAGUUUUGGAGUGUGUACUGUAGUUGGCGUUUUGCGCUACAUAUGACUACUCGGGACUUGUGUGCGCAAUUUGUGAAAAAUAAUUUCUACCAGGAAAUUGUUUUUGGUACGCGAUACACUGCAUUGAAACUCAGGAAGGUGUGCAACAAAAGAAAUCAAUAUUGUAGGCCUGAAGGCGUUGAGGCAAUAUUAACGUAGACGGAAACAACGCCGUCGUCUGAGCGGAGAAUCCCAAAACCUAUACACUUUAUAAUUAGCCUGUCUCACUUCACUGCUUCAGAAACAUCUUCCUUUCGCGUCUCAGAUACCAUUUAAACAUUUCUUAAGGAUUCUCGCUCUAGUUUCUAGAACUAUUGGAAAGUUUACGUCCCACAGGGUGCAGGUACUAGACAUGAUGUUACUUGCUUGUCAAAUUAACAUCCAGGCUGAAAAAUUGGCUAUACCCAUUCAUCAGGAUGGCUACGGCAUUUGGGACUCUCAGUCGACCAACAUUUUCUUUUCGUUUCAUCUUACGCCCCCAGGUUACAUUUUAUACAUUAGGCCAUUAGUUUUGUAAUCUCACCCGAGGUACCACUAGCAGCUGGACGACCUAUUUUCAAAGCGCCCCUGUUGGCGUGGCUGCAUACUAGCCAAGUCGUAGUGCAAGUGCCUUCAGUUUAGAACCAAAAUGGCGGCUGUCGUUGUAGAGUGUGGCGUGCCGUAGGUGGCGCACUUGCCUUUUUCUUUUUUUCUUUUUUCGUUGUAGUAUCGGCUCUUUGUAGCACCUGACACCUGGCGUGAUGUCUCCCAGGUCGUUAGAGAUAACGCUGGUAACACCCAUUUUUACGACGACAUAUUGUACAUUGUAUCUUCUAGGCGCAACGAAUUCCCGUCUCUUCGUCAGAAGCGUUGAUUUUUUAAUGAUUAUUUUAAAAAAGAUGUCAUCCAUUUCUCAGUAUCCGUGUAUGUUCCAUGUUGGCCAUUAGGGCCUAUCGAAGCAAGGUGGCACACUACUGUACAGCGGUGUUCCCUGUAGUAAGCUUCCAUAUUCCUUUUGUUUCCCUCCUUCACUUGUAAAUAUUGCCCUCUCCUCCUGUAACCUUCUUCUCGUUCUCUGUGUCCUCUGUCUAUCGUACCUCUCCUUGUUCAUCUGCUGGGCCUACACAAUGUAGAAGUAACAGGUGGAAUACAAGAACGCUACUGAUAUGGGAGAACGAAACUUGUGGCGGUAGCCACGUUAGGCCUAGCGUCGGGUCGUCAGGCAGAGCGACUGCAUGCGUUUUCAGCACAUGUCAAAACACUAUAGGAGAACGCCGUAAGCGGCUCGCGAAGAGAUAUUUUAAGAAACGUGUGGUCGACAUUAUAGAUGACGGCUGAUUGUGAUUGGCUGACACUUGUGACGUGGGUUCUUCGUAGGACACCGUGACAAGUUUCGCAGAAGACCUUUUUGUUUUGUGAUGGUGCAUAAGAAGUCGUUCGGAAUGUUGCAUUUGAGUCGAAACCUGAACGUGCGUCGCUCCCUCCAGGUAGUGGCCGAUCACAGUCAAAUGGGUUUCUUUCCCUUUUUGGGAAAAGAAGUGAUUAGCGCGUUAUUCUGUGUAACUACAUAGCGCAUUUUCUGCAAUAUAAGCAGUGUCCGAAAGUGUGCAUUCCCAUAUUCAUAAAAAGGUUGACAAAAACUCUGCCAUGUAAACCCUGAGGCGGAAUCGUGCUAAAGGUUCAUAACAUUAUAGCAGAAUGCCUUAGAAAUUGUUCAAGAUUGCACUUCCAGUUUGCGUUGGACAUAUUAGUAGUAACGCAAGGCUUGAACCUGCAGAUUACACCGUGGAAAAUGCGCCAACGUAGUUGACAGCCCCCAGCCCAUGGGAUCGAAUUUAAUACGUACAUAAGGUAUGACGAAAUGAUCAAGAUGUCACUAGGACUUCUUUAUGGGCUUCUUAGUACAACGCAUAAAAGAAAUGUAGCGUAAUAUUGUGACACACCUGGCCAUGACAAGUGCACCACCAAGUGGCGAAAUACAAAGCGUGGCGUGUGCACUUGUUGCUAGUCCUGUGCACUUGUAUAGCAUUACCUAACUUACCGUAAUGUGCAAAAGUUAGGAAACGCUAGAGUGCAGAGGUAAGGAAUGAAGAGCGACCCUUACUUUGCCAAAGCAACUAUAAACUGUUAAAACUUCCGUGGUUUCGCUCGUUUCUUAAUCCUUGUUCCUCCUGAAAAGUGUAUGAAAUAAAUUGUUGAUUCCUAAAAACAAAUAUACAGACAUCGUCGAAAGAAAGAAA